ACUUGUAAACGUAAUCAAAACGGGAUAUUUAAUAGGUUAGCCGGUAUCUAACUGAUGUGGCAGCUUCCGUGGAAGUCAUCAUGUUAAAUAACAUCCUACGUGCCAUUUAAGAGGGCUAAAUCAUUGAAUCGAGCUCGUCUUCUUCAUUCUCCGGUCAAAGGAGCGAACGAUUAGGGCAAAUUGGCAACAGGAAAUCGAUGUCGAGUUCGUCAAGCACCAACAUCAGAAUGUGCUAUUGUGGAGAUAGGGUUGGAAUGUGGACAUCAUAGACUCGAAAGAAUCCACGUCGGAGGUUUUUUGGUUGCCCAAAUUACAUGGAUGAAGAGGACUGUGGGUAUUUUCGUUGGAUUGACCCACCACUAUUGAAUAAGUGGUAUAAAGAAAGAAUGUAUGAGUUAGGAGUUGUUGCUAAUGGGGGUGUAGCUAUUCCUUUCAAUAACCCUGUUAAUGAAGGUGAAAUACCUGUUAAUGGCCCUAUUGCCGCUGUGAAUGUUGAUGUCCCUAUUGCCCCUGUGAAUGCUCUUGAACCUGAUAAUCAAAUUGCAAUGCGUGACAAUACACAUGUGCCUAGUAAUGAAUUUGGAUUCUGCAAGUGGAUGAUGGUUUGUUUCGUUUGUUUCAUUGUAGGGAUGAUGUAUGCUUAGUUUAGUGUAAGUUGUAGGGUAUUAUGGUAUGGUAGGGAUGAUGUAAUCUUUUGGUUUGUUAUCAUGAUGUAAUGGAUAAAUGUUCUUGUGGAUCA